CAAUAUUCAUACAUCGGGGUAUCAAGGUUAAUACGUAUAGACUUAUUAUUUGAUCAGUUAAUAUACAUGUUUUAGAAGUUCAAGAAAUAUCAUUAGGCGAACUAAGACAAGCUGCUAUUAAAGCUGAUAAUACAGAAGAUGAUGAUUCAAUCGUCCACGAAGAUGAUGUUCAAGGGCAUGAUAUGAGUUCGCCAAGGUAUGUGGUAUCUAGUUGGGGACAAUGUAGUGUAACAUGUGGUACUGGUAUAACAAGAAGAUAUGUCAGAUGUCAGGUCUUUCUAUUAUAUCUACAAGCUAUAGUCGAUUUAGCUGACUCUGAAUGCGAAGAUUCUAAACCAAUAGAAACUGAACCAUGUAUCCAGAACCCAUGUUACGAUGAUUUUAUGUGGAAGGCAUCAGGAUUCACUGAUUGUACUAGAAGUUGUUUAGGAGGUACUCAGGAAACCCAUCUUAUCUGUGUUCAUAAAGUCAAUGGAUCAAUGGUACCAGAUGACUUUUGUGAGGAAGCUCCAACACUUGCUAUAGAGAGAAAAAUAUGUAACGACUUCUCAUGUCCACAAAGAUGGCGUAUUGGUGACUUUGGGGAAUGUUCAGCAACAUGUGGUGGUGGUCUCAUGAUCAGAAAAGUAGAAUGUAUACAAGAGUUUAGCCAUGGUUCUGAUAAUCUACUCAAUCUACCAGACUUUAUGUGUGAACAACCAGUACCAGAGAGGGAGAGAUCAUGUAAUGUUCAACAUUGUCCAGCAUCAUGGACUACAGGACAGUGGUCAGGUUGUUCCGUGACGUGUGGUGAAGGAAUCCAAAUUAGACCAACCCUCUGCCAGAAACAUUCAGCAGGCGGCAAAAUAACAGAUGUCAGUGAUACAUUGUGUAGGCCAAGUGAACGUCCCGAACAAUCCCGACCUUGUAACGAAACAGUCUGCCCACUUGUCAGGAUCAAACAGCAAAGAAUUAAGUUCUUUCAACUGAAUAAAAUGUCAAAAAUUCGACUAGUCGUUGGAACCAAAGCAUUCCUCUUACCUGGAACUAACGUUAUUGUUCGAUGUCCUGCCAAAGGAUUUAAUAAAAGAAUGAUAUUGUGGUAUAAAGAUGGCCGGCCAAUAAAGAAGGGCAGACGUGUAAACAUUUCCGGAAAGGGGAACCUAAGACUUAAAAGAAUACGCCCAGACACAGACGCUGGGACCUAUACAUGUUAUGCUGAUAGCGUAUCGGCAAAUAUAAACAUACAGUUUAGUGAAUUAAUAGACAUUUUUCAACAAUUAUCAUUCAGGGAAGCAUUAAACACUAAAAAUAGUGAUAACAAAACUCAUUUCUAUAAGGACCCCUUUGAUCAUAAGAAGAAACCAUUAAAUAUUAUUGUUGGAGAAUGGUCUUCGUGCUCCAGAACGUGUGGUGGGGGAAAGCAACGUAGAAAUGUAUCGUGUGAGAUCAUCACAGACAAUUAUUUUGAGAUUCUACCGUCUCGUGUGUGUAAGAAUGCUGGAAUGGUCUUACCCUCAAAUGCUAAAAGCUGUAACAGAGAUAUGUGUGUUCAGUGGUCUGUGGGAAACUGGUCCAAGUGCUCUGUGGAUAAUUGUUUUAGAGAAGGCCACGCCCUACAGUCAAGGACUGUCAAUUGUACCAAAGAAAGUAACGCAAGAGUAAUUGAUGAAAACUUAUGCAAUCCUUACACACGUCCGUUAAAUAGUCAAGAAUGUACACUAGAUUUAUGUAAACCUUUAUGGAAUACUUCAGAAUGGUCGUACUGUGUUGCAGAUUGUGGUGAGAAGGGAUUUCAAUCUCGUAUGUUAACUUGUACUUGGUCAGUAAGUGGUAAAACAGCUGGCAGAGCUUGUGCUGAUAUGCUCAGACCUGUAGUUAUGAGAAAAUGUACAGCACAACCAUGCUCCCAAGAAUGUACUGAUAAAUAUGAGCAUUGUAAUAUUGUGAAACGUGUGAACUUUUGUGACAAUUCUAGAUUUAAACGAACAUGUUGUAAAACAUGCACGACAAAUUCCCGAUCUUGAUGACAUCAUCAACUAGUCUAAUAUAUGGUAUUUAUAAUGAAAGGGACCAUGUUCAAAUUGGUGAUCGGUAAAAUUUCUGGAACAACUAAAGUAUCAUCGUAAAAAUUUGAAUGAUUUCGCUGUGUUCAAUAUGGUGGAAGAACCAAAUACAGAACCCGUAUGACGUGUCCAGAACGGGAAGUAACUCUGCGUUACCUGUAGAUCUAAAUAUUGAUAUUAAUGAAUUCUUAUAUCAUAAUUAUAAUUCAGGGAUAAUUUUAAGGUUAUGCCUUAACUUUACGAAGUGUGUGUGUGUUUCUUAGUGCAAUUCCUUUGCUGCAUAGGGAAAAUAUCAUAGACCUUUUUUCAUAAAAUAUUCAGUAAAAAUGGAGCAAUUUGAUAUUAGAUGUUUUAUAUUAGAUGUAAUUAGUAUGAGAUAUUAUAUCAGUUACUUUGAAUGUUCCGGGUCUUGACAGAGGCGUGCAGAGGUAUGUCGGUGCCCGGGGCAAACUCCUUGAUUGUAUGCCCAAUAUAGGGCUUGCACUGAGAAAUGUGAGAACUGGAGAGAUUUUAAAUUAAAAACAGAUGCAAUAAACUUUUUAUUCAAAAUAAAUCAACCACAGUAAUUAAGUAUUGGAUGAAUGCCCCUGGAAUGGGUGCCUGCCCCCACUUGGUUUUGGAGAUGCCUUACUAAAACGUCAUUACUAAAUUAAUUGUUUUCUUAUUUCAUAAAGCUGUGAUGUUGUUAUGAAAUCCUGUCACCUAGGUUCUCUUCUACUGUGGGUGGUGAAGGUUGAAUUUCUGGAGUAGCUUACUUUCGAAAAGCCUUGGUAUCCCCAGUGAUCUCAUUCCAUUCAAUUCCACUAUACCCUGGGUUAAUCCAUAGGGUUUCCACGAUUUCAAAUUAUCUGCCCUGGUCUCGAUUGUAGCUAAACUCUACGAACCAAUCAAAAACAGUUUACAAACCAGUCUUACUAAUGAAACGGCCUUCGUUUCGUGUUCGUUUUUUAUAAGGGUAGGUAACCCUAUCCAUGUCCAUUUACUGAAUGAUUUAUGUAAAUAAUGUAUAUAUUUCUAAUUCAUUUAUAUUUAAUCUGUAGUAUGUUUCACUGAUUCAAAUAUAUAUAACAUCUAUAUGUUUGACUUUUGUUAUUAUUAUUACUAUUCGUUCUUUGUCUGAAAUGUUCCAUUCUGUUAUGUUUAUUAUUAUUGAACUUAUAUUGGCAAUGUCGAUAAAACUCUUGAACCUACAUAUAUAUAUACACACACCUGUCUGGUCUUCAUUAAUAUAUUAUAUAAUAGUUGUAAUUUGUUGUUAAAAAAUACGCAUUUAGCAUAAUUUGGACUUCUCUCAUUUAGGCUACCAUCUGACUAAUUCCUAUCCUUGUCUCUUGGUGAGAGUUACUUCCCUUUGUCAACUUCCUUUGCAAUUAAUUGGACUUCUCUCAUUUAGUCUACCUUCUGACUAACUGACUAAUUUCUAACAUUGUCUCUUGAAGGGGAGCCUUUGCGUUUUGCUUACUUUACCUGAGGAGAGUUACUUCCCUUUGUCAACUUCCUUUGCAAUUAACGAUUUAUGGGAUUGGUCAAUAAAAAUAGCACAAUCAUCAAGGGCAGAUGACUUGAAAACGUGCACCCCCCUCCCCUAUAGAUUAACCCGGGGGUUAGUGGAGUAGAACGGAAUGAGACCACUGGGGAUACCGGGGAUGAUUUUCGAACAAAAAUUGUUAUCAUCUGUCAUUUUAAUUGUUGGGUUUUUUUACAUAUUUUAUGUAGCUAUCAACCUCCUUUGUACGUUUCCAACACAUUUUAUGUAUAUCAUUUCUCCUAAGGAUAUUUCAAGAAAGGGUGCUAAGCUCAAAGAAUGCUUCUUAGUAUUUUUUGUUUGUAGGACACGCGACACUGUUAAUAUUUAUAAGUAAACUGUGAAUGUUAUUUGUAUGUAUAUGACUCGUUAAACAAGGGUAUUGUUAUUUAUCUUUGUGUUAACAUAAGAUUGAAAAUUAAAUGUAUUUAAGUUUAAUAUAUUGGUAA